AUGGCAACCAAGCAAGAGAAUCUUACUCAUGAAGAGAUCUGGGACGAUAGCUCCUUGGUAAACUCUUGGAACGACGCGUUGGAGGAAUAUAAGAAAUACCACAGCAUACAUUCCAAGGGCGGGAACGUUGACGAUAUUCUUCAGCAGAACAAGGCUGGCCAUGGUUCGGAUGCCAAGAACGAGGAACACCCAACCGCCCCCGCCAAGCAGGACGAAGCUGAGUCCGAAAUGUCGCUCACCAAACGCCAGGACGGGAUUGACGAGGGUGGAAACCCGGACGGUUUGCGGAGCCACUCGUCAGCGCAGAUACCCGCCGGGAUCCCAGCACCUUUGCUCGGUUCAGUGCGUGAUGAGAGCCUCAAGAAGCUCUUGAUGUCUUGGUACUAUGCAGGGUACUACACGGGUUACUACGAGGGCCAACAGGCACAACAGCAAUAG